AUGGACUGGGAGACGUACAAGAGCGACAGUAUCGCAUGGAGAACUGGAGGACUGGUAUUUUAUGGACAGCUUCACACAUGUUCUUUCAGGCCAUUCCGCACCUACGAUCCAGCCUUGUUCAGCCAAUCCUGGGACCGGGUUCAGACACUGGAGAAAGGCAAAGUUUAUCAACAGGGUAACUUCUACCUCCUGACACAGAUGACCGGCUGGUACGGCUCAAGGGUUCUGUACUUUGGUGACCAUGUGUACAGUGAUCUUGCUGAUCCCUCACUACGCCAUGGCUGGAGAACUGGUGCUAUCAUUCCUGAGCUGGAGGCUGAGAUUGAACAGCAGAACGACCCUGCAUACAAGUCAGCUGUGAGGUGGCUGGUAUCUCUACAACAACUCAUAGAAAAACACCAGUGUCAGGACAGCCCUGAACAGAGAGAAGUGAUACAGGCAUGGCUGAAGGAGAGAGAUGAACUCAGAAACUACACAAAAGGCGUGUUCAAUCCACGGUUUGGCAGUCUGUUUCGGACAUACCACAAUCCAACUUACUUCACUCGACGCCUGGCCCGGUUUGCUGACAUGUACAUGUCAAGUCUGACAAACCUGCUCCACUACUCAGUGGACCACUCCUUCUACCCACACCGAGUGUUGCUGCCACACGAACCAGGCCCCUUCUCCAAGUACUGAGUGGAAACAGUACACUGAAAUAAGCAUGUACUAUCAUGGAUCGGACACAUUGGUAAUUCAGUAUUAAAGUCCUCUUGGAAGUAAUGGCCAUGUAAAAGAGCACAUUGACCUUAUUAGUGACGUGGAAGCAUUGAUGGUCCACUGUGUUAGUAUAAAGGCCUACUUAUGUCAUUGAAACAUUUCACUAGAUGCACCUGGGGACAAUACUGGCAUUGAAGCAUUUAUACUUAACUAGUGCUCUGACCUAAUAUUGACAUUGAAAUAUUCAAUGGACUAUUACCUGGACCUGGUACUGACAUUGAAGUAUCGAUGGUCAAUUGCACUGGUACCUGGCCCUAGUACUGACAUUGAAGCAUUGAUGGUAUACUCCAUUAGUACCUGGCCCUAAUACUGACAUUGAAGCAUUGAUGGUAUACUCCGUUAGUACUGGCCCUAAUACUGACAUUGAAGUAUUGAUGGUCUAUUGCACUGGUACCUGGCCCUAAUACUGACAUUGAAACAUUGAUGGUAUACUCCGUUAGUACUGGCCCUAAUACUGACAUUGAAGUAUUGAUGGUCUAUUGCACUGGUACCUGGCCCUAAUAUUGACAUUGAAGAAUUGAUGGUAUACUCCGUUAGUACUGGCCCUAAUACUGACAUUGAAGCAUUCAUGGUAUACUCCGUUAGUACUGGCCCUAAUACUGACAUUGAAGUAUUGAUGGUCUAUUGCACUGGUACCUGGCCCUAAUACUGACAUUGAAGCAUUGAUGGUAUACUCCGUUAGUACCUGGCCCUAAUACUGACAUUGAAGCAUUGAUGGUAUACUCUGUUAGUACCUGGCCCUAAUACUGACAUUGAAGCAUUGAUGGUGUACUGCGUUAGUAUCACAAUAUUUCAACGAAUCCUCUGAAAGGCUGACCUUUUUUCUGCGCAAAAGAUGCAAUAUUUUUGCCAAGAUAUGUACUUCUCUGACAAUAUGUGUAAUAUAUUUUACCUAUCCUAAUCAGCGGUGGAUCAUAAGUGUUGACCAGUUAACCAUCAGUUGUAUGAAUCUCAUUAUUAGAUGGCAAAUGUGAUAUCUUGCACCCUGUUCAUUAUGGUAGCUUGUAGAACAUUUAGGUAAAAAAGGACUCGUGGUUGUUGUUUAUCGUACAAUAAAACACUGCCCCCCCCCCAUGUUUUUUUUUCCCUGCAGUG